AUUUAAUUUAUUAUGCCAGUACACAGUUCACACACACAUAUUCACAUGAACUCCUCUACACCUAGGGGAUUCAGCAGAGCCAAUUCAUCUAACAACAUGUUUUUGAAAAAUGGAAGAAAACCAGAGAACCCAGAGGAGCCACACUCACAAAACUCUGACACUUCAGAAAAGCUUUUUUUGGUGUGUUUUCCAGCUUUGUAAGGAAAAUAUUCACUUAUGGACAUCAAGUCAAAGUCAAGUGUUUUUUUUAUUGUCAAUCAUCAAUGUUGGUUGCCUAAGACCGUAGUGCAACACAUAAUACAGCAGCACAGCAUACAGGAGUAGAUUAAGUGCAGAAACAUGGCAGUGUGGGAGAAGUGCAAACAUAUAAAAGUGGCCCAUAGCAGCAUUUUAAAGUGCAGAUGUGCAUCGAAGAGUGUUUGUGUUGGAAAUGGUUUGACUAGUCCAGGUGUCGGGAGCGUCAGAAGGCAGCAGUGUGUUGUGUAGCGUGACUGCCUCAGGGAAGAAGCUAUUGCAGAGUGGGGUGAGAGGGGUCGUCCAAAAUGCUGCUGGCUUUGCAGAUGCAACAGUUGUGGUGAAAAGCAUAAAAGAUUAGUAGAGUUGUUUUAAACAGUGAAUUUGCUCUACACACAUGACUCUAUAAAAAUUCAACUGUUUAAGAAGAAGGUUUUAAAAAUGCUACAUCAUUCUUGCUUCCACAUCAAAAACCUGGCCAGACACACCGUGUUGGUUGUUUUCCUCUACAUGAGGAAAAGAACAACAGUUUGGAGAGCUAAAACUUCUUCAGUAAUGUUAUAGUGAAUAUGAUUUUGAAUAAUACACUAACUACAGUGUAAUACAACAAUGUUUACAGGUUUUAUAUGAUUCUUCCACAUACUGUUACAUGCUCACUAUAUUUUAUUAUUAUACCACAGUAUCUAAUUCUGGAGUGCUCUGUUCAACUGAUUUUGAGAUUAAGCAACAUAGUACAUUUCCUGCCAAUUUUAUUAGUUUAUUUUCACUAUUUUACCAACUCUUACAAAUUAUUCUCUGUUUAUCCUACCCACAAACACAAAAACAUCUCUUUAAAUAUACAUUUUUAUUAUUACUCUCAAUUGGGAGAAUGUUGACCUUAUGAAUGUUUCUAUAAAUAUCUCAUUUCCUGUCUCUGUCUAUCCACAUAAGAAUACACAGUACAGUCAAAUACAUUUGCAUCUAACACAUGCACACACAGGAAGUAAAUGUAGGCUGAGGAAAGCAACUGUAACCCAGUUUUCACUUCUGCUUGGUCUCACAGCAACAUCAAGCCCACCUUUUAACUUUCCUGUUUGAAGAUGAUGACGGAAGAUUGGUUGUGCAGUAGAGUGAAACUUUGUCAGCUGAUCACUGGCACAAAUGUUUGUUCAUCUAAUGUUCAGGAUGCCAUGGAAGUGGUGAUUAACACCCAGUCAUAUCCUCACCCUUACCAUAAUCCAUCCUCUCUCCUGCUGACAUUGGAGGCUUUCAGUAAUGCCUUCCGUGAAUUACGAUGCGGGAGUUCCGAUGUGAAGAUGACCUACAUGGAUCAGAAUGCCUUUGGACCCAACCCAGUUCAGAGAGACGUUGUUCACCAUUUUGCUGAGAUGUUAUCCAGAGACAUUCUGCAUGCAGCUGUGGGGAAACAAGAGACUCAGUUCACUAAAGAUGUUGAUCAAAUAUGUAACACCGCUCAGAGUGAGAUGAGCAGGUGGACAGUGAGUGUUCCGAUAAAACUAGCUAACAGGCUAGCAGCUGAGAUUUAUUGCAGUGCAUUGGAAGAUCUAGCUAAACAUGGUUGCCCUUCUGGUGGGACAUCUGACGAUCUAGCUGAUUUGGAAAUGAAUACCGAAAUACACAGUGAGUCUGCAUCAUACCAUUACCAUCAUUCAAUGCAUCACUGUGACCAAGAAGGACCUGCGAUGGAAAUAGAUCAUAUUUAUCACAGAAGAUCUAUCACAAAUCCUACCACUCUGGAUGAUAUGUCCCAGCAGGUCUCACUGGACUACCCUGAUGCUCCUCCAAGCACACCGUUACUUCCAGAGAUGAUAAAAAGCCGUGCAAGCUUCACCAGGAAGCUAAAAGGUGGACUUGCUAUGGAGUUCCUACCCUCAACCCCACCACCUACCCCUAAAGACCAACAAUCUCACCUGGAAGACAAAAUUACUGACAGCACCGAAUACAAAACUGAGUUUAUGGUUCGGCUGAUGCGUUCACUCUCACUAGCGUGCUCUCUGCCUGGGGAAGAAGGGAAUGGCACAGAAAACAAAAUUAGGUUUCAGAGUGAGAUUUCAGACUAUGCGGCACAACUCUCAGCAGAUAUAAUCCAAUGCAUCACUGCAGCCCAAGCAGACAGCAAUAGAAAUAUAGAAACGCCCAUCAGAGACAUGCAGGUCCUGGCUGACCAACUGGCAGAGAAGAUCAUUAUGACAUCUAUAGUCAAGAGCAAGAAAGAGGAGCGAACAAGCCAAGAAAUCCCAUCUCAUUUUGAAAACACAUCCAAAUCUAUGAAUGAUUCCUUAUCAUCAGAUUCAAUCAUAAAUCUUCCUCCUGUGGAGGCUCUGGGAGACAUGGCUGGCAAAUUAGUCACUAAAACACUCAUCCAGGCAUUCUCUGAACUGGGAUGUGGUUCAUUACAACAUGCCACAAGCAAACAGAUAUCUGAUCCAGCAUCAGAUCUAAUGGCAUGGGAACAAGGGAAAGAUCAAUCUUUAAACACAGACUGGCACAUCACCAAAACCAAUGGGUGCUCUACUGGGAAAUCAGAGUCUAUGACACUUGACUCCAGAACUGAGGCUGUAGAGCAUUUUUUGCUGAGAACAUUGUGCAUGAAGUGCUCAAGAGCUCCAUGAGAGAAGCUUCAAGCUAUCAUCUAAGAUGCAAACAAAGUUCCAUUCAUUCAGAUAGCUUGAAAACCUCAGCAGCAUCGCAAACUGUCAUCAGGGCCUUUAUAUCUGAAACACUGUGCCGGGAUACACAGGAGAUACAGUGUGUCCUGCUCUGGGUGGCAGCAUCUCGAAUGGGAACUUCAGUGUUACAGAUUGACCAAACUGACAAGCACAUUCAGCAACAGCUCUGCAGCGUCUCUCUGCAAGCUCAAUUUCACGGCUGGACCGUGGGCCAUCUGAUGACAUCGCUCCUUCAAUACUGUGAAGACCUGCAGACUGCCAGUAGAGGGCACUCUGAGAUUUCCACCUCUCUCCUGGGGCAUCUGUUGCUCACACAGUCAUGAGCAGUAUGACUCUGGAGUAAAGCUUGAAUCAAUUAGGGUUGAACAGCGAAUUUGAAGAAAAGAUUCUCUGUUAUUAUGGAUUAUUAUGAUUGACAGUGUAAUGUGAAAUCUACAUAUGGGAGCAUGGAAAUGAUUAGGAACUGAAAUGUAUCGAACUAGGAAAAAAGCUAGCUGGUCUAAAAAAAAAUUGUGGUUCAAUUUGGUACAAAUCUAACACCGUACUAAUUCCUGAAGUAAGACUUUUUAAGAUUUAAAAAAAAUGUGUUUUUAAUUUUAUACCUAAAUCUGCAACAAUAUUUAAAGUUGACAUCAUUAGCUGAUGAUCGUGAUAGGACAUCACUCUAUGGACAACGCUCAAUAGGAGCAGUCUGCAGGGGAGAGCAUGAAUAUGACCCAAACUGCAUUACAACACCCGGCUGAUCCAGAAAGAUGUUCAUCAACGUAGCGCAACAUCCAGCUGGACACUCAGCUGGGAGGAAACAAGAGUCAAGGCCAACAGUGUUAUGAACAUCUGCUGAAAUUGUGCUCGCCUACGUAACCAUGACAUUAUGUUAAUAAAGGCUGGACAUCAGCUCAAGGAUGAAAUAAUAAAACCCAGAUGGCUGCUUAGUUUUAAUCCAUCUCAUAUUAGCACAUUAAGAUGUUCACCCUGACAUAUCUGCCCAGCUCCAAAUGCGAAUCCCACCCAUGACAAGGUAACACUGAGCUUAUCUCAGUGUCCAGUUGUAAACUUUGUCUAUCAGUAUUGAAUUAGCAAAUAUCAUUUAAUGCAUCAGUGAUGUUCUAAAUAUAUUGUAUUGUUAUGGAGAACAAUAAAAAUGCAACACUGAAGUGUGUAGUAUGA